GCAGCAGCUCAUGGAUUCACCAAACCAAGCGUCUCGCUCUGCAGAGAAGGAGCUUGCCAGAAUGCGAACACAGUUUGUGCAGAGGGUGACAGCAGAAAAUUUCACACAGCUACUUGAAGCCCUUGUAACAGACAAUGUCUUGAAUGAGUUGGAGAAAGAAAGGAUACAGGAAACUAACCAAACUAGAGCAGACAAGGCACGUGACUUCAUUGACACCGUGAAGAAAAAGGGAGAAAAAGCCUGCAGGAUAAUGAUCAGUCACCUUCGAACCAUUGAUCCUACAGUUUCCUGUCAGCUAGGUUUGUCCUCUGGGCCAUCUGUUCGGUUAGCAGCACUUGAGAAGUGUCAGCUCAAAUUCAAAUCUACUCUGAAGAAGAAAUUCCAGUGUGUGUUUGAGGGAAUUCCUAAAGCAGGGAACCCAACCCUGCUGAAUCAGAUCUACACAGAGCUCUACAUCACAGAGGGAGAGACUACAGAGGUCAAUCGUGAACAUGAGGUCAGACAGAUUGAAACAGCAUCCAGGAAAUGGCACAGUACAAAAAUAACAAUCAGACAAGAAGACAUCUUUAAAGGCCCACCUGGAAGAGAUGAACCGAUCAGGACAGUGUUGACAAUGGGAGUGGCUGGAAUUGGGAAAACAGUGUUAACACAGAAGUUCACUCUGGAUUGGGCUGAAUGCAAAACCAAUCAGGACAUCCAGUUCAUAUUUCCAUUCACUUUCAGAGAGCUGAAUGUGCUACAAGAGAAAAAGUUCAGCUUGGUGGAACUUAUUCAUCUCUUCUUUACUGAAACCAAAGAAGCAGGAAUCUGCAGCUUUGAAGACUUCCAGGUUGUGUUCAUCUUUGAUGGUCUGGAUGAGUGUCGACCUCCUCUGGAUUUCCACAAAACUAAAAUCCUAACUGACCUUCGAAAGUCCACCUCCGUGGAUGCGAUACUGAUAAACCUCAUCAGAGGGCAUCUGCUUCCCACUUCUCGCCUCUGGAUAACCACACGACCUGCAGCAGCCAAUCAGGUGCCUGCUGAGUGUGUUGACAUGGUGACAGAGGUCAGAGGAUUUACUGACCCACAUAAGAAUGAGUACUUCAGAAAGCGAUACAAAGAUAAAAAAGCCAAUAGGGUAAUCUCCCACAUCAAGACAUCACGAAGCCUCCACAUCAUGUGCCACAUCCCAGUCUUCUGCUGGAUCACUGCUACAGUUCUGGAGAAUAUGCUAGAAACCAGAAAGAGGCGAGAGUUGCCUAAGACUCUGACUGAAAUGUACAUCCACUUCUUGGUGAUUCAGGUCAAAGUGAAGAAGGUCAAGUAUGAUGGAGGAGCUGAGACAGAUCAACACUGGAGUCCAGAGAGCAGGAAGAUGAUUGAGUCUCUGGGAAAACUGGCUUUUGAGCAGCUGCAAAAAGGAAAUCUGAUCUUCUAUGAAUCAGACCUGACAGAGUGUGGCAUCGAUAUCAGAGCAGCCUCAGUGUACUCAGGAGUGUUCACACAGAUCUUUAAAGAGGAGAGAGGACUGUACCAGAAUAGGGUGUUCUGCUUUGUCCAUCUGAGUGUUCAGGAGUUUCUGGCUGCUCUUCAUGUCCAUCUGACUUUCAUCAACUCUGGAGUCAAUCUGCUGGAAGAACAACAAACUGGGGCACAUUUCUACAAGAGUGCUGUGGACAAGUCCUUACAGAGUCCAAAUGGACACCUGGACUUGUUCCUUCGCUUCCUCCUGGGUAUUUCACUACAUUCCAAUCAGACUCUCCUACAAGGCCCGCUGACACAAAGAAAACGUAGCUCACGAAUCAAUCAGGAAGUAGUGCAGUACAUCAAGCAGAAGAUUGGGGAGAAUCCUGAUCAGGAGAGAAUCUUUAAUCUCUUUCACUGUUUGAAUGAACUGAAUGAUCGUUCUCUUAUGAAGGAAAUUCAACAGUCCCUGAGUUCAGGAAGUCUCUCCACAGAUAAAUUUUCCUCUGCCCAGUGGUCAGCUUUGGUCUUCAUUUUAUUGUCAUCAGAAAAACACCUGGAUAAGUUUGACUUAAAGAAAUACUCUGCUUCAGGAGAAGGCCUUUUAAGUCUGUUGCCUGUGGUCAAAGCCUCCAACUACGCUCUACUAUGUGCCUGUAAUGUCUCAGAGAGAAGCUGUAGAGUUCUGUCUUCAGUUCUCAGCUCCCAAUCCUCUAGAUUGAGAGAACUGGACCUGAGUAACAACAACCUGAAGGAUUCAGGUGUGAAGAUCCUGUCUUCUGGAUUAAAGAGUCUGCACUGCAAACUCAACACUCUUCGACUGUCAGGCUGUCUGAUCAGAGAGGAAGGCUGCAUUUCUCUAGCCUUAGCUAUUAGCGCCAACCCUUCUCAUCUGAGAGAGCUGGACCUGAGGUACAACCAUCCAGGAGAGGGAGGAGUGAAGCAGCUGAAGCAGCGGAGAUGGGAAACUCUCAGUCAGUUUCGCUGUCUGUUCAGCAUCCUCCAACAAGGACAGGUGGUGGUGGUGGUGAGACCAGGUCUGAGGAAGUAUUCCUGUCAACUCACAAUCGACACAAACACAGUAAACAGAGAACUUAAACUCUCUGAAAACAACAGGAAGGUGAAACGUGUGGUGGAGAAUCAGUCAUAUCCUGAUCAUCCAGACAGAUUUAAUGACUGUCCUCAGCUGCUCUGCACAGAUCCUCUGACUGGUCGCUGUUACUGGGAGGUCGAGUGGAGAGGAGACAUUGAAAUAUCAGUGAGUUACAGAGGAAUCAGAAGGAAAGGACACAUAACAGACUGUGGGUUUGGAUUAAAUGAUCAAUCUUGGAGUCUGAGGUGCUCUGACAGUGGUUACUCUGUGUGGCACAGUAAGCGGCACAUGCGCAUCUCUUCUUCUUCAUGCUUCUCGUCUGUUACUAACAGAGUAGCAGUGUAUGUGGACUGUCCUGCUGGCACUCUGUCCUUCUACAGAGUCUCUGACAUUUUGAUCCACCUCCACACCUUCAACACCACAUUUACUGAACCGCUUUAUCCUGGAUUUAGGUUAAGGUCCAACCCUGAUUCCUCUGUUUCUCUCCCCCUGUUAGGCAAAAUUUAGACUGUUACAAAAAAACAAAGAUGCUCCAGUUAUUCCAAGAU